UGUGCGAGUACACGCCUUCCGUUCUGCAGACUCGAAACGGGAACGGGAGGGUAGAGACGAGAAAACGCAACGCGUACAGCUACCGCCAGCUCAUAUUGUUGUAUGCAGAUUUUGAGCUGUUCACAGAUCAAUUUAGUCGUGUAUUUGAUCAUUUACUGUUCCUAAACAUUUUCUAUUUCAACAAUUACUUUUGUAUAGAACAUUUCUUUCGUCGGAAACAUACAAUUUCGCGUUUACCAUAGCUUGAUGAAGUAGCUCCCGAGAACCAAGGCACCAAGGCUAGUAACGAGCAUCCCAUAUUGCUUGUGGGAAGUUAAUAGUUGAAAGUUAUUUAGGCUACGGCAUCCCUCGUGGCUUGUGUAAAUCUUUAUCUUAAAAGUGAGCCGCGGAUGCCUUCAGUUACGGUUUCUUGUAUCUGAAACCAAUUCGACUUAGUAGCUAGGAGCCAUGUGGCAGCCAUUUUGAAGUCCUUCAUGCCUGAAUCUUAAUUUCUCGUGUUGUGCGGUCUUGCAAUGAUCGUAUAUAUGGCUUUCAUUUUCCGUGCAACCUGAACGUUUCUUCAAAUAGUCAAUAUGCCUCGUAUAGAUCCUAUGCAGCUACUCAGGUGCCUGAGUGUGCUGCUUGGUCCGAAUGGAGGGAUCCUUAGUAGAGAUCAAGUCGGUAGAUUAGCAAGUUUGAUGACAAAGUUUUCCAAAAAACUUGUGAGCAAGUGUAUAUAUGUGCUCAUAUUGAAGAACACGAAGACAGAGCUAAUUGGCAUGUUCAUGAGUGAAGGGGGAUGGGCUCUGACAAACUCAUGGCUAGCUGACGCCAUUGAAGCUCGCAACUGGCCCUUGAUGAAGGAAUUACUUGAACUUCUUCUAAUGUGCCCUGUGGAUGUGGAGCGACUCAAGCUUAACAACUGUCCAAAACUUGUGAAAGGAUUAUCAAAAGACACAACUGACAGAGAUGUACAGCUGUUGGCCUCUCGCCUCGUUGCACAGUGGCUGCAUGUGGUCAAGUAUCCUGGAUCUGUGAUUCCUCAGCCAUCUAUUGAUGUUUCUCAUCUAAACCUUGAACCUCAUCACGGGUUGGAGAUGGGACCCCAAACUACUCAACUCCAGAUGCUGCAGGAAUCAAGAGAAGAUAAUUUUUUCCCCUCUGACAUCAAUAUGCAUUCAGACAUUAGUAGUGACCUUUUUUGUGACCCCGGUGAUAUCAAUCUGGACACCAUCUCUAAAGAGGACUUGUUCCCUGCUAGUGACAACUUAUGUGAAUUUAGGAGUGAUAAUAGUUCGUUAAUUGGCAGUGGAACUGAUCUUAGUAAUGUAGUUAGUGAAAUCCCAAGUGAAUUAAUAGUGAAUGAAAUUAGAAAUGACGUUUUAUCAGAAAUGAACUGUAAUACUGUUUUGGGGUCUCUAAGUGAAAUGACUACUGAAACAGUGCCUCAAUUUGAACCAAACUUAAUGGACACUACUGAAAGUGGAGAUAUUACUAAUGGUGAACCACAAGAAAAGCUCAUCUUGAAACUAAAUUUUAAGGAUGCUAAGAAGGUUUUGAAGUCACCUACAAAGAGGAAGUUAAGUGAGGAUGAAGAGGAUGUAUCUCCCUCCAAGCGAAAAUCAAGAGAAGUUACAAAAGACAAGAAAAAAAUUGAUAAGGAUAAGUCUGACAAAGAAAAAUCAGAUAAACCUUCACUUAAACAUGACAAGUCAGAUAAGACAGAAAUUAAAAAGUCAUCAGAUAAGAAAAGUAGCUCUUCAAGGGAUUCACAUAGAAGUGAUUCUAAAAGCAAACACCAUCAUUCCGAUAAAUCUAAAGAUAAAGUGCGUGACAAAGACAGAGAAAAGUCAAAAUCAUCAUCCUCAUCCUCAAAAGACAAGGAUAAAGAAAAAGAGAGAGCAAAGCUGAAGGAGAAGGAACGCUUAAAACAAAGAGAGAAAGAGAGAGCUGAAUCACAAGCUGAAAAAGACAAAGCAACUCUAGCGAAAGUAAUGCAAACCUCCAUCAGUAAACUUGGAAAAAUUCCCAAGAAAACUGACGGUGCCUCUAAGCCAGACAAAGUUCACCCACCAGUCCUGGCGGAAACAAAGAAGAUCUCAAUUUCUAUUGAGAAUAGGAAGAAAUCUGGAGAACCUCGUCCUAACACUGUCAAGACUGCUCCCACCAAGUUCCGGUCUACAGGUUUAGAAGAAGUGGUGAAACCUCCACCAUCCAGAAAAGAUGUUAAGAAAAAUACCUCAAGUGUUGGACCUGUUCUUCCCACAGUUAAGGACCCGUCUCCACUCCUGAGUUUACCAUCACUACCAGAGAAGCGCACCAAGCCUGUCCUGAACCUGGCAGGUCCUCCGGAACGUCCUGGGGCUAUAAAAGUCAUCCCUGCCAAACCUAAAGCCCCCGUUAUCCAGGAGAGCGACUUCUUCAUGGAUGCACUGACGGCGGCGAACACCGUGAAGCGCGAGCCGCGCAAGAGAAAGAGGCGGACGAGUGGCAGCAAGGACGACUCGAAGGACGAGCCCACCAGCCCUACAGGUGCUGCGCCCGGCAGCGCGGCUGAGGACGCCCCCGGCUCCGGCACCCCUACUGCAUCGCCGUGCUCGUCCCCAGAGCGCGCCGAGCGGCCCGCGGCCGAGGCCAAACCCGUCUUCAAGUUUUACCAGGAGACACUACAGCUAAACGACGAAACCAAGCAGGAGGAGGGGGAAGGCGAAGAUGAAGAGGCUGAGAAGGAACCAGAGAGUAAAGUGAAAUGCAAAGAAGAGGUUUCGGACGAAACUCAAGUCAAGGAGGAAGACGGAAAGGACGAAACUGUCGUUAAAGAAAAGAAAAUUAAAGUUGAAGGUGGAUCAACAGACGACCCCGCGACAGAGGAGGACAACGCACUGAUGGAGCGUGAGCGAAAUCGACUGCCCCGGGGAGUCCUUGUAUUCCACCGGCCGAGCCAAAGGCAGCGCAAGUCCCUCAAGUGGAAGGCGGACUCGGACCUCGAGUCCGUGCACUACUUCGAGCUGGACGAGACGGAGCGCGUCAAUGUGACGAAGACGUCGUUCAUGGACAUGAAGCAGAUGGAGCGCGUUCAUGAACGUGAAAACUUCCACCUCACCAGACGCAUGAGUGGCGAGGAUCAGAUGAAGGAGCACACCAUCUAUUCGAGACUCAUCCCUAUCGACCUGGCCCCCUCGGAUGUGGUGCCGGGCUUCAAGUCAAGGGAAAAGGAAGUGCAGUUCGCACGCGAGAAGAUGAUCACAGCGUCGCCCAUCUUCCAGAAGACCCUCGGGUGUCCGGACUCGGCUGCCGAACCUGACCCUGUGCCGUCCUUCACGCCCACCGACCCCGUGAGGAUCCCACUGGAGGAUGUGACGGGACCCAACAGCAUCUACGACUACACCAACACGGCGUGGCCGGAGCCCAAGCCGACGCUCAUCCCGCAGUCGCCGCCGCACUCCCACACCAUCUCCCAUGUGCCGAGUGGCAACCCGCACCCUGGACCUCUGCUGCAGACGCCCGUCGGCGGACCCAUGGGCUACAACAGCGUGGGGGGAGACUGGAGGACUGGCGAUGGCAAGGUAGUCAUGGCAGAUGUAGGCAUCGGUAUAGGCCCUGGACUUGGAGGAAUGGGCCCGGGAAUGAUGGGUGGAAUGGGCCCGGUAUUAGAUGGAGGGAUGGGCCCUGGGAUGGGCCCGGGAAUGGGCCCUGGGAUGGGCCCCAAUAUGGGCCCAGGGAUGGGCCCCAACAUGGGUAUGGGUAUGGACAUGUACAACAAUCAAAAUGGCAUGGACGGUCCAUGGAAUACUGAAAUGAAUUAUGGUAUGAUGGGUGGACCUGGUGAUAUGUACCAAAUGGAUCAAGGAAAUUUCGACAUGUACCCUGGACAAGGAUUCGGUGGAAACCCAGGCGGACCGAGCUUCAACAGAGGAAGAGGCCGAGGCUGGUAUCGUGGAGGCUCUGGAGACAGUUGGAGAGGAAGUGGAGGAGUAGGAGGAAGAGGAAGAGGGAGCUGGUCUGGCCCUGGUGGUCCCCCUUCAAAGAGAAUCUGCAGAUAUUUUAAGAGGGGAAACUGUGCUACAAACAAUUGUCAAUUUUUACAUCCACCUGAAUUGAAAGGAGUUUCAUCUCGUCAUUAGUGCCUCAUCAAGUCAUACUCACUGCCAUCUUGUACAUUCUUGUUAAUAUAGUGGUGCUAUUUAUUAAUUUUGAAUAUUCGUACAUGAACUGUUAUAGAUACCAAAGCUUUAAUUUGAAAAAGCUGUUAAUGCCUGUUUUGUUUGUUUUCUUAUUUUUAAAGCAUGUAUUGUUACAUAUAUUUUGAGCAUUAUUAAGUGACAUUGUACACCAGAGUAAGGUCUGGUCUGUGAUAUUUGUAUAGGAUUUCUAGAUUAUAAUUGAAAUCAUAAAUGAAAUAUUGAAACCUA